GGUCAGGUUUGAGACUGACCUGAAUUUCACUGAGAACUUCAAAAAGGCUUUUCACACAAGCCUGCUGGCUGAAGACGGAGAGAUGAAGAUCUUCAUGGCAACAUAUAGAGAAGAGGAGGAGGGAGAAGCCAAUGUGGGCAUGGAAGUCCAAGGAUCCAAGGAGGAGGCUGAGGAUGAAGAAGAUGACGUUGAGCUUCGCAAUGUUAAUAUAGAAAAAUGGAAAGGAAAAGAAAAUGAUGAUGAUGAUGUAAGAGAGAAACCUCACAUGUCAGAGUCUGAAAGAGGAGAUGACGAGGAAGAAGAAAACAAGCAUGAGGCUGAUGAAGAGGAGGAGAUGGAGGAGAUAAUGGUUCUCAAACAUAACGACUAUAAAGAGGAUGAGAAGGAUAAACCGGAGAGCAAUGAUUCAUGUUGUUCAGCCAGUAAUGAAGAAGCUACAGCACAGGCGCACAUCGAACAAACAUCUGUGCAGCAGUACACAGCACCAGUUUGGGUUCCCAGCAUCAUCACUCGCCUUGGUAAAGAUACCUACCAUUACGCAGGGCAGGACAUUGUCAUUUAUGAGUCCAUGGACUCUUUUGGAGCUGUGAUGUGGCCAGCAGCGUUGGCUCUGUGCUCCUUCCUGGACAACAACAGGCAGAGGGUGAACCUGCAGGGAAAGGAGGUGCUGGAGCUGGGAGCAGGAACAGGACUGGUAACCAUUGUGGCCAGUCUGCUGGGAGCUUCAGUCACAGCUACAGACUUACCUGAGGUGUUAGGUAACCUCCAGGCCAAUGUGAUGAGGAACACCAGGGGGCGUUGCAGACACACGCCCCAGUUGGCGGCACUGUCCUGGGGCUACGACCUGGAGCACACCUACCCUUCAUCACUGUAUCAUUACAACUACGUGCUGGCAGCUGAUUCUGGAUAA